AUAAAGCCCAAUGAUUCUAUUUCUAGGCUUCUAUUGUCUGCCUCCGUUACUGAUAGAUAGCCGUGGAAAUGGCGAUGAUUCAGUGGUGCGGCACUGUAGCAAGGAGAGUGGUGAUGAAGCAGUGGCCUCCUCUAUCAUCGGCUUCGCCGAUUGAAGUAAUGGCGUCGCCGCGGGCCCCGACCCUUUGCGGCCGAGGUGACAAGAAGACGAAGAAAGGGAAGAGAUUCAAAGGAUCGUACGGGAACGCCAGACCCAAGAAGGAGAAGAAGAUUGAACGUAUCAAAGACAAGGUCGAAGUUCCCAGGUCCACCCCUUGGCCUCUCCCCUUCAAGCUCAUCUGAUUAUUUUUCAAUAUCUAUGCGUUUUUUCUCUUUUGUAAUAGCUGUAAUAAUAAAGCUAAAAUUUUUGUACAAUUCAGGGUUUUUGUUAUUAGUAGCUUUGCUUUUAUA